GUUAUGGCUUGCACCACUCAUGGCUUGCACACCAAGUAGGCAUCUUAAGAGGGGCACGGUCGCAUGACCCGCCAGGGCGGCCGCUAUUGAGUGGUACAGGAUAUCCACUUGAUGAGGAAGGAAAUCAACCCGCUGCAGCCGCCCGCCUCAGGGCAACCCGGAAGCAACUGGACCCCGCUCCGAGUGUGAUACAUAUUUAUAAGGGAUUACUGUUUGCAAGUAAUUGCUUGGGCACUGUAGCUGCUGAAGGUGAGGAGCGCUUCCCAAGUUCCCAUGCCGCUCAAUUGCUCAUCGGGUUCUGCAGGAAACUUGAAUCGUGGACAUUGCUUUUUAAUAAUUGUAGACGUAGCUUUAUGAGCUUCUUCUUUCGUCACCAUAAUUGAACAAAGCUGCCGCCGUGACGCCGACCUCUCGAAUUCUUGCAUUGUCAUCAAGCCCCAUUCAAGCUGUUCGACAUUGACUCUAUACAACGGCGCGCUCCUUACUGAAGCCCCUCGCAAACUUUGCGCGCUGUGCGCGCGCGCGUUUGGUGAACAAGUUGUUGUAGCCAGCGUGUUCUCAGGGACCACUCAUAGACACGGGCGCUACAACAAGCAUACGAUGACAGUCGCGGCACCGCCGGCUAGCUCGGCGGCGGCGGUCGCAGCACCCGAGCCAUCGGCAUCGCCUUCCUGCGUGGAGCGGGCCCCUCAAGCAGACAAAGCGUGGGAGUGGUUUAGAAGCAUGGGCGCACCAAAGUAUCACGUGGCGCCGAUGGUGGACCAGUCCGAGUUGCCGUUCCGCAUGCUGUGCCGUAAUCACGGCGCCACGUGCGCCUACACGCCCAUGCUGCACGCGCGCAUCUUCACGCAAGACAAGAAGUACAGGGAGGAGAUGCUGACGACAUGCACAGAGGACCGGCCGCUGUUUGUGCAGUUUUGCUCCAACGAGCCGCAGCACCUGCUCAAGGCGGCGCGCAUGGUGGAGGCGAUGGGCAUCUGCGACGCCAUCGACAUCAACUUCGGCUGCCCGCAGCGCAUCGCCAAGCGGGGCGGCUACGGCGCGUUCCUAAUGGAUGACCUACCCAAGGUGGAGGCCAUGGUGCGGGGCCUGGCGCAGGGCCUGCGCAUCCCCGUCACGGCCAAGAUCCGCAUCUUCCCCGACCUGGCCAAGACGGUGGAGUACGCGCGCAUGGUGGAGCGCGCCGGCGCAUGGCUGGUGGCGGUGCACGGCCGGCUGCGGGAGCAGAAGGACCUGUCCGCCACGCGCGCGGACUGGGACGCCAUCCGCGCCGUCAAGGCCGCGCUGUCGGUGCCGGUGCUGGCCAACGGCAACAUCCGGCACCUGGGUGACGUGGACGCCUGCCUGGCCUACACCGGCUGCGACGGCGUGCUCAGCGCGGAGGGGUUGCUGGCGGACCCGGCGCUGUUCGCGCCGCGCCGGGAGCCGGUGGCGAGCGGCGACUACGCCGCGCCGCCUGGCGAGCGGUUAGCUCUGGCGGCCGAGUACCUGGCGCUGGUGGCGGCACACCCAGUGCCGCUGCGUAUGGUGCGGGGGCACGUGCACAAGCUGAUGUGGGACUGGCUGGCGGAGCACACGGACCUGCGGGAGCGGAUCAACCGGGGCGUGCCCAGCCUGGGCCUGUUCACCGAGACGGUUGAGGAGGUGCGGCGGCGGGCGGAGGCGGCGGGUCGCGACUACCCAGUGCCGGCCAUGAGUGCAGCGGAGCUUGCGGCGCUGGACAAGGAGGAGGCCAGGCGGGCGGCCAUCGAGGAGCAGGAGCGCGAGGCGGACGCUCUGGAUCGGCUACAGCACCGGCGAGCAGGCGGCGGCUGUGGCGAGUGCGGCGGCGGUGGCGAGGAGGAGGAGGAGGAGCUGGUCAUUGACUGGAGCGCGAUGGGCAUCGAAUAGAGGCAAUGCAGGGAAUGACAGGGUGGUGUACAGGGGGAUACGCUUUGCAGGAGCAAAGGCUGCGCGCGUGUGCAAGGACGGGGGCUUGACGCGUGAUACCGGGUCAGAAUAUGUCAAUGAGCUGACAGAGUGAGCAAAUGCAGGUCUGUGCGCAUGAGCGAGGGGAAGUGUAUAUCAUAAGCAUUCACCUUACAAUCGGAAUGGGGCCUAACUGUUCAGGCGGCUGCACGCGUUGUGCACUUAUGCGUGGUACCGUGCCUGCUACGUGCCUGCAGCUGGAAUCGAUAGAUAAUGACUGCAUACCUUGAGGUUUGAAAGACUGAUGACUCGUGGGGAGGUACCUUUGAAAUGCGCGUCAUCUGAUUCCGGAGACGCGGAGACGCCUCUCAGUGAGUGCCGUUGUGUUUCGUGAAGAUUGACACUCGUAGGCAGGGCCGCAGACGUCUUGUGAACUGCUAUGCAAGCACGCUUGAAUGCAACGAUUUAGCAUGUUAAGACGAUAUUAAAUGGUGCGGACGGGGAAGAUGGGCGAACGGCACAGGCGCACCGUGGCCGUGUGCCUCUGGAUCCGGAGUCGGCCCUUUGAGGGAAGAAGACACCAUGUGUUUCAGGACUGUCAUGAUUGUCGAUAAAUACUGA